GUGUCGGGCGAUACUGACUUCAGUGCAAACGGACCUUGAAUAUACAGUAUAAUAAAAAUCAUUGUGUCAUUUAAACCUUCACUGAAAGGCUAUCAAUCUUCUUGUGGACACUGGUGUCGAGUCGGUCUGAGGUUCGGACUGCUAUGAUGGAGUUCUGGCAAGAUCAUUCUAAGGACGGGUCUAUCGAAGAGAUGAUGCUAGACAACAAUGCCGCUACCAUGACAGAGGAGGAACUUCCGGAAAUUCUGUCCUACAUCCCAAACGUUUCCGGAAAAGAUGUAGUGGAACUGGGAGCCGGAAUUGGGCGAUUUACGAAGGAGUUGGCCAAGGAUGCGAAAUCUGUUUUAGCGGUUGAUUUUGUAGACAAAUUCAUUGACAAAAACAAACAAGAGACUGCCAAAUUUGGGAAUGUUCAACAUAAAUGUGUUGAUGUUACAAAAUUACAGCUCCCAAAAGAGAGCACCGAUUUUGUUUUCUCCAACUGGUUAUUAAUGUAUCUACAAGAUGAGGAAGUGAAGAAUUUAAUCAAAGAAACACUUUCCUGGCUUCGAGAGGACGGAUACCUUUUCUGCCGAGAAUCAUGUUAUCAUCAAUCAGGGAACAAAGACAGGAAAGCAAAUCCAACAAAAUAUCGAGAGCCAGGAAUGUACGAGGCUCUGUUCACUUCUUUAGAAAUUCCAACAGAAAACAACGAGGAGGUGUAUGGAUACGACUUGGUGCUACAGAAAUCAGUAGAUGCAUACUACAAGCUAAAGAACAAUAAAAACCAAAUAGUUUGGUUAUUGCAAAAAGUGCGACGAACAAAGAGCAGUAACCACGGUUACCGGACCUUCCAAGAAUUUCUGGACGAGAAGCAGUAUUCAGUGAAUGGAAUCCUCAGAUACGAGAAAAUCUUUGGGAGGACUUUUGUCAGUACUGGAGGGUUGGAUACCACAAAGGAAUUUGUGGAUAGAUUGAACCUCAAGAAAGGGGAAGUAGUUUUGGACAUUGGUUGUGGAAUCGGUGGAAGUGCAUUCUACAUGGUCAAAGAGUUUGGCGUAAAGGUCGUAGCGAUAGAUCUGUCCUCUAACAUGAUCAAGAUCGGUAUGGAAAGGGCGGAAGAAAUGGGAGUCUCGCUACUUGAUGUGCAGUUUGAGGUAGCGGACGCUACAAAGAGGAUAUACCCCGACAAUUAUUUUGAUGUCGUGUACAGUCGUGACACCAUUCUUCAUAUAAAAGACAAACUCGACCUAUUUAAAAGAUUCUACAGAUGUCUAAAACCCGGCGGACGACUUUUGAUCUCGGACUAUGCCUGCAGUCCUGACGAACACUCUGAACAAUUCAAGGCUUACGUCAAACAGCGAGGGUACAACCUACUGUCUCCAGAACAGUAUGGGAAGGUUUUAGAGGAAGCAGGAUUCGUUAAUGUCGAAGCAGAUGACAGGACAGACCUGUUUGUUAAAUCAUUGGAAAAGGAACUAGUCAAUACUGAAAAAAUAAAAGACGAGUUUGUUGGGGAAUUUUCUCUCAAGGAUUAUAAUGACAUUGUUGGAGGUUGGAAGGACAAGUUACAGAGAACGGCGGCCGGGGAUCAGAGAUGGGGGGUUUUCUACGCAGAAAAGCCCGCCCAUUGAGAGUGUUCGAUUGAUUCUGACAUUUUUUUUAACUUUAGAAGUUUUUUAAAGAAACACUACAGGAUAAGUGUUCGAUUGAUUCCAACGUUUUAAAAAUGCUUACGAAUACCAGAUUUGAACUUUUUUAAAGAAACACUCCAGAAUAUGGGGUUUGUUUUUGGAUUGGUUGUGCCAAAUAUUCCAACAUUUCUAGCAUCACUUAGUGGUGAAUAAUGCAAUGUUGAUUUGUUGCAUCCCACAUUGUAAACGGAUUCAAAAAAUUCCGAAUAUUUUGACAUGUAUACAGCAUGGUAUAUGCUAAAAGCUAUGUUUUGUUUAUUGUUUUCAUUAAAAAAGGCAAUAGAUUUACCUUUGUUGCAUUGUUGUGUGUUUAUCGCAAUUGCAAAUAUUUGCAAUAUGCAAUAUGUUUACAUUAUUGGUACAUGUUACAUAAAAAUGAAAUUAUUA